AUGCCCGUUGAUAAGUCUGCCCCUCUCGGGCUGGGCGCCCUCUUCGGCCAGCUCGACGCUGUGGCCAUCGUGGCUAACAUUAUGCUGGACCUGGCUGCCUACGCGGGCUGGCAUUAG